GUCAAUGUUAAUAUUGAAGUGAAAUUUUGAAAUUUCAAGUCAAACAUUUUUUUUAAGUUAACAUACAUAUUGCGGUUGUAUGCAUAGCAUCUAUUGGUGUUUAUUUAAAUUGUUUUCAUCAAGUAGGAAGUGCCAGCAUUCUGCAUAAUGGAGAUGGAUGAUACACAUAUAAACCUUCUAAAGGAUAUGAUCUUAGAUGAAGGAAAAUUGGUUACUUAUUUAACAUUGGCGAAAGAUCUUUGUUUACACAUUAACAAUAGUAAACUAUUGAUGCAUAGUUUCAUUAAAUCUAUUCGUGAAGAGAAUCCUAAACUAGAACUUAACAUAAACUUUUUGAUAUCUGGUUUAAUUGACGAAAAUAAAGUCAAAGUAGCAGUUUGCUCUGAAGAUAAGUUGGAAGAAUAUAAGAAAACGUUUAAAGUUGUCUACUUUAUUCAUGUAUAUAGUAUUUGCAAAGGAAUGCCAAAGGAAAAUUCGGCAGCAUUGGUGACUCUAACAAAAUAUGAUGAUUUUAACUUAUGUCCAGGCAUUAUUAAAAGUCAUGCCAGUAUCAAGAGAUCUGAUGUAGAAAUUGGUAUUCUUAAAAGUAGCAGUCAGAAAAAAAUUGUAAAUCAGGUAGUUUCACACCCAAAAAAGGCUAAACAAGAAGAUAAAUUAAAACCUUUGAAGAAUGUACAGGAAAUCAAUGGUAAAACCUUUAAAUCUGAACCUGAUUUGGAAAUCAAAAAUGAAAUUAUGUCCCCUAAAAAGAAUUUCAAACCAAAUAUCAAACCUAGUACUCACAAGGGAAUUGCGGGCUUUUUCAAUAAACAAAAUGGAAUUAACAAUAAAAAAGAAAAUAAGAUUACAGUAGAUUUAAAGGAAACUAGCAAAAAAGUAGUAGACGUUUCAAAAACUGAACAGGAUGCCUUAAAUGAUAUAAUGGAUAUUGAUAAUCAACAAGAGACAGAAGUUAAAAAUGAAGCAAGAAAUGAAAAUAUAAUGAAUGAUAAUAAAAUAUUAAGUAAUAUUAAAAAACAUUCAAAAGUAGAUAAAAAACGUAAAAGAGUGUUGCAUGUUUCUGACAGUGAUAGUGAAGAAGAGAAUGAUCCUUUUGUUGCUGAGGAAAAGAAAGAAAUUGCUCCUGAAUCUGAUGAAGAAAUUCCACCAACUCCAGUUGCAAAUAAUUUAAAAAUAACAACAGGAAUUGUGAAUCCUAGAAAGAAGAGAAAGGUUGUAGAUAAAACAUAUAUGAGUGAUGAUGGUUACAUAAUUACUAAAAGAGAAGAGGUUUAUGAAAGCUGUUCUGAUUCUGAAAGUGUGGACAAAGAGGUGUCGGUUAAAAAAGAAAUUAAAGAAGAGAAAUUACAAAUUUCUCCAAAAACAAAACCCAAGGAAGUGAAGAAUUCACCAAAGAAGAAAAAAGUUUCCCCGCCUCAGAAGGGAAAACAAGCUACAUUAAUGAAUUUUUUCAAAAAAAAGUGAAAUUGUUAUUUAAAAUUAAUCAUGGAAUUAUAUUUGUUACAAUUCACAUUUGUUAAAAGUACCUUAAAUUACAGACUGCAACUAUUAGGGCUUAGGGAAUAGGCUUAAUUUGUAAAAAAAAGAUUUUAUAUCUUUCAAAUGCCUUAAAUAUUUAUUUGUCAAAAUGUUUUUCAGAAACUUAAGUGUAUCUGUAUGAAAAACAUGUUUAUAUAUAAGGAUAUCUAAAAAAAAAUCCAUCGCAAUCUUGUAAUGUGGGAAGUAAUAAAAUUUUGUUAACACCAUUUAAUCAGGCAGCAUUGUAUUAAGGAAACACAAAGCUAUCGCUUUAAGUCCUAGUAUUUAGAACUUUUAAACCCAAGUAAAUUGAUAAAUCAUUCUAAGAUAAAAGUCCUUAUAUGAAAGGUUAGAAGUAAUCAUAUUGAAACCAUUGUUACUGUAUAUAAAUAAAACAAAUUAAUA